AUGCAUAUUACCAUUCACAAAAUUCUUAGAGCCUCAAAAUCUCCUCUACAACACUACAUUCUUCAUCAUCAUCAUUAUCUCUCUGCUUCUGCAACUAAAUUUCUCUCUACUCUCUGCCUCAAUCCUGUUCUACUUCAAUCUUCAUCAUCGCCAUUCACCAAUCAUCAGUCUCCCAGAAUCGCUUCAUUGAUUCUUCAAUCGCCAUCUACAACAAACAAUAACAUUAUCAUCAUUGCAAAAUCUUCUGUAAACGCAACCUGCUUCAUCUUCAUCAUCAACAACAUCACAAUGAUAAUGCAAAAGCAGAAGGAGAAGUGA